CAGUGAAGAAAAAGUAAACGGAAGUAAGCGUUGAACAAGAACAAUUUUCACGUUAGCGUUUUUGUUAGAUUCAUUAACACAAUGAAACUCAAACUGUGACUCAUUUAACUGCACAGCAUCACAUACUUGCCCCAGGUAGUCUUUAAUUUGCGUUGGAGACAGGACUUGGUUGAUAGAUGUUAUCUAGGUAACGCAACCUAGCUAGUAGCUGUUAACAAUGGCUAACUGUAUGGUUUUUCACACUCAAAUAGCCUCCAUCAUGGAGGUACUAGCGAAUGCAGCCGUGGCAGAGAUCUGUAAACUCGUAGACGACGACUAUGCAGUGUUUCGUUUAGAAAUUUCUCAAAGCCAGAAAGAAAACAGGGGAUUGCGGAGGAAACUACAGUUAAUAGAAUUGAAGGUGGCACGGGAGCGCGCAGAGAGGACAACGCGAGAUCGCGUCCUCGCCAGUCGUCCCAGUAGUGUCAAGAUCAUUGACCGAUACAGAGGAAUGGCAAGAGGUGAAGGACAUCUCACUGGAGGCCACAGGAACUUUGUGAAGCCAGCGGGACACAAUACAUGGAGAGAUGACCAACCAAUCACUGUUGAUGAGGGGAGUGGAACCUCAACCCAGCAUGUUAUCGUGAUAGAGUCUGCAGAUGCAGAGGCUGCAGGUCAUGGAGUCAAGCUGGAGACGUCUGAAGGAGAAGAGGACCCACGGCACAGCAAAGACAUCCACACUGGAGCGGCUGGAGCGCCCCCUGUAGCCACAGAGGACCCCACCACCGCCCCAGCGCAGCCCAGGACCCAACGCAGCAUCACGGAGGUCAGUGGAACGAUGGAGGAGGAGGAGGGUCCAGAGGUGCUACUGGUGAAGGAGGAGGGCUGUGAGGAGGGUCUGGGGAACCCUGAGGGGACCAUGGUCAUGGAGGAUAACCAGACUUCACCUCUUAAACCCACAGAGGAACCAUCAGAGCAGCACAGGACCACACACAGUCUCACUGAGUCAGUAGACAUGGAGGAUGGGAAGCCUGAUCUGUUGCUGGUCAAAGAGGAGACAAUAGAAGAUGGACCAGAGAGCAUUGAUUUGAUGAGUGGACUAGCAAGGGAGCAAGGUGGUUGGCUGGAAGCUAACAGAGGAGACUGGGAAGCCAUCUUGGAUUCCCAGACCCAGACGGGUGCAGCCAAGGGCCCAGGGGACAACAUCACUGAGCAGGCCAGGACGAGAGGUGACAUAAUGGAGUCUGCAGUCCAUGAAGACCUGCUGAUAUCCGGUGUUGCUGGUGGGAGAGACUGGACCUCUGAAGCUGCUGGUCACAAAUCCUGGUCCCGGAUCAGGUCCCUGGAUCAGGAGCCAUCACUCUUCCUUUCCGAGUCAGAACCAGGACCCAACCACGGGGGACAGAGACUCCAUCACAACCACUACAUAGAAAACAACCAGUGGACAGGAGGACUGAACAACGUCAGUCCUGGUGGUCAUCAGAGAGACAGAGGCUCCAGUCAGGGAUGCAGUCUGCAGCCCAGACCCUUCUCUUCACAGUCUCAGUGCAGGGAUGGAGCAGGGCCUGGGGCUGAUAGAGAUAGACCCUCAUGUUCCUAUGAUACAAACACCACAGUAUCCAUGAUGAACAGAGCAGGUCACCCUGGGCUUCAUCCUUUACUGAGAGUGGUGGGAGACCCCCCUGGUGGGAGUCUAACAGGAACUCUGUCUUCCCCUUCAGGAUCUCGCCUAAUGCCUGAUGACUGGGUUCAUAGAAAGCCUGGAACUGGGUCUAGCCUUCCUCAGUUACCUCAUGGUUACCCCACGAAUAUAGACAGGGUCAGGAUGGGCGUUCACCACGAGCAGUACCUAGCCUGUAGCACAGCAGACAAUCCCAACAACACCCAAACAAUGGCUAGAGGUCAAGGAGGGAGCACAAAGACUAACCACCUGAGGGUAGUGGCUCCUGCUUCUACCUCCUCUGGUGUCAUAGGGUCACAAUGUGGGAGACCGAGCGUUAGGACGGACGCCGGCAAGACGUACGCCUGCCCCACCUGUCAGAAGCGCUUCGCUCAUGCGAACUAUGUGAAGAGGCAUCAGGCCGUUCACACCAAGGACAAGCCCUUCAAGUGCAAACUGUGUUACAAGAGCUUCUCCUUCCUGACUAGCCUUAUCAGACAUAGGAGUGUCCACAAUGGGGAGAAAUCUUAGCAGCGUGGCUUGAGAUGUAGGCAGGGAUGUCUGGGAACUAUUCUUUAGUUGAAUUAUUAUAGUUAUCAUGUCUAGUGUCUUGGGGUGAGAGGAUAAUUAACCACAUACCCCUCAUUAACCCUUUGUUAACUUGCUAUUUGAAAUUGGAUUGCAAAUACCUAUUUUUAUGAGAGUUGCUAACACACUGUUAUUUCUAAACAAGUCUUCUCUCAGCUUUAAAGACAGUGAUCAUUGGCGAUUUGAAGUGUAUUAUAAUAAGCAGUAUCUUAUUUCAAAGAACAGAGCGAGUACCUUUUUCAUUGAACCACACCCAUUGUGUAAAUGGAAGUGAACAGUGACCAAGAACUAUUUCCACGUUAGCAUUUUUAUUGUUAUUUAGACUUUUAUAAACACCCUGGAACUCAAAAUAUGACUCAUUUAACUGCACAGCAUCACAUACUUUCCCCAGUUAGUGUUUAAUGCGUUCAAGUAACUCAGAGUUCACCAGGUCACCCACCUCUCGUGCAUAUUUUUGUUCCGGCACCUCCCGAUUUACAAAUUAAGCACUGAUUACAUGAUUAAACAACCAAAGUUAUUCUAAAACAUUGCCAGAUUUUUUUUGCGUCUUGUUUUCAUUCUAUUGUAAGGCCUACAUGAAAUGUACAAAACGUGUUUGUAUGUAAUAAUUCUUGAAAACAUAUCGCCAUUUUUUUUUAAAUAAACUCCAAUGGCUCCA